AUAACUAACCGUACGCCAAUAGCUUCUCCCCUCCAAUCCCAGCCGUCCAAUCAGAAUAUUUUGUUUGACACACUUUCAACAAUUUCUACUCUAAAUUACUGCAUAAUCUGUUCUCUCCCUAACCAAUUAGAAAAGUAAACGCUCUCUGUUUUUCUCAAUCCGAACUUAUCGAUAAAAUCUUUGAUAAGAUAUUAAUCGCUCAAAUUCAGGGGGAUUUUUAUUUUUUUUAUUUAUUUUUUAUUGUUCUCUUAAUCUAAUCAAAUUGUUACUCCACGACAGCCCUGUGAUCUGUUCUGUCCCAUCCCAGAAAAUGAAAUGAUCUCAUUUCAGUUUAGUAGUUGUUUUCAGACCAAAUUCGUUCUGAAACCUUAAUUUUCCGUCAUUUUCUCGGGAAUCAUUUGCUCCCCCCAUCCCAAUUGGGAAUUUUAUUCUCUCUUUUAAGUUCAAAUGUUCUUUGAUUUCUUAUUUCUCCAUUCGCUGAUUCCCUCAUGGCAAACUAAAGCAGGGAAUCAGCGUUGACCUCGUCUCUGCAUUUGGGAAAGGCUGUGAUUUAUACACAGACCUACCUCCAAAUUUUGAAUUUUCUGGGGCUAGGGUCUGUGAAUUCUUGUUUUUUCAGGCUAUUAGGUGAAUUGGGUUUCUGUGAAUUGCUGAAGUUCUGUGAAUUUCCAAUCAGAGAUUCGACCUUCGUUCUGUUUUCAUCAGAGCUGAUUGGCGAGGAAUUUGGGUUCUCAUUGUUGGGGAUUGUUUGAUUGAUGGAUACGGAUGCUAAGGAUGUUAAUGGCGGCAAAACUAAGGCUGUGGGUGGUAUAGAUUCUGCAAAGGUUGAGAAUCGCCUCGUUAAUGGAGAGGAAGAUAGUGAGUCUAAUUCGUUGUUGCCACCUCGGCGAGGUGGGAUGUCGAGGAAGUCUGAGAAGACGCAGCGGAAGGUGCAGUGGAACGAUAGGAAUGGGAAUAAGCUCACUGAGGUGAUGGUAUUCGAUCCGAGUGAUGUUAGUGACUCUGACGAUGAGGAUUCAGAAUCUUGCAUCUGUACCAUAAUGUAGAUAGCAUAUAUAGUACACCCAAUAUCAGAAAAUGUCUGCUGGAUAAAUUGACGGGCGUUCACUCCUACUUUUGAUGACUGGUAGAAAUUGGCAUCUCAUUUUGCUGUUGUAAGGAUGGAUUGAAGGUACAAAACUGCAGUCUUAUGUUUAGCAUGAUUUGUAUGCUAACUCGUUAAAGUUAAGUCCAAAAGCGUCUCUUAGGUGAGAGUUUGGUAAGUUUCUUGUAACCAUGUACAAACUGCAUAGAGCUCUUUCGUAUGACGAAACCAGAUGAGGAAGAUGGCAAUAUUGCAUAGAGCACUUACAUUGAUAUGCAUUGUAGAGCAUACAAGCAAAAGAAUACUUCAGGUAAUCAUCAUGUUUAAUGGAGCAGCAGGUACUUAUAAAAAAAAAAAUGGAGCAGCAGGUACCUGAUAUUCUAUUUCUUUUUCUUUUU